ACAACAAGAGGAGGAAGAGGAGAAACGACAGCUCUGGAUCUCCGUCGACUGCCGCUGCGUGACAACCCCGGGAUCGAGGCCAGGCUUUCGGGUUCCCUUCUAUCCAUCCACCAUGUCUGACUUACUGAGAUACAUCGACUACGACCACAAGGCCACGUUCCUGAAGAUGCUGAACCAGCAGCGGAUGGAGGGCGAGCACUGCGACGUGGUGGUGGUGGUGGAGAACAUCGAGUUCCGGGCGCACCGCUGCGUCCUGGCCGCCUGCAGCAACUACUUCAAGAAGCUCUUCAAGAAGCAGAGCGACGAGGACAACUCCAUCGUGGAGCUGGACUUCAUCCGCUCCGACAUCUUCGAGGAGGUGCUGAACUACAUGUACACGGCGCGGCUCGCCGUCCGGAAGAAGGACAUCAACAUGAUGAUGUCGUCGGGCCAGAUCCUGGGCAUCAACUUCCUGGACAACCUGUGCACGCAGAAGCGGGAGCUGACCAACAUGAAGACCCGGGAGAACCAGGCGCCGGGCGACCACGGCAUGAGAGCUCAGGACGCCAUCCUGAAGGAGCUCGCCAUGGAGGAGGUGAGGAAGAACAGCUUCUACGACCAGGGGAUGGACGGGAUGGGGCCGGGGGGCUCGCACGUGUCGCAGCCGCACAACUACAACACCAACAUGAGUAAAGACCCCCACAGCCACGGCUGGGGGUCCUCCACCUCCAGCGACAUGAAGCUGGAGUACCUGCUGUACGGCCACCGCGACCACGGCUCCUGCCAGGGCACGGGCGCCAAGCCCCUGGACCACAACGCCAAAAAGGAGCGCUUGCUCACCGCCAACCGGCCCUACGCCUGCGAGCACUGCCCCAAAGCCUUCACCACCGCCGCCCACCUCAAGGAGCACCUGAAGAUCCACUCGGGCUUCAAGCCGCACCGCUGCGUGGUCUGCGGCAAGGCCUUCAUCCGGGGGCCGGACCUGAAGCGGCACGAGAGGGUCCACAGCAACGAGCGGCCCUUCGCCUGCCAGAUGUGCGAAAAGGCCUUCAAGCACAAGUCCCACCUGAAGGACCACGAGCGGCAGCACCGGGGCGAGCGGCCGUUCAACUGCGGCUCGUGCGAGAAGGCGUUCAUCAAGGCGUCGGACCUGAAGCGCCACUGGAACACCAUGCACAGCGGGAACCCGCGGAGACAGAUGUCGCUGUCGCCCGCCGCGUCCCAGCACGGCCAGGCCGAGGCCGCCGACCAGAGAGACUGGAAAAUGGAGACCGGGCCACACUCGCACAACUCUGGGGACUGUUGAUCCUGCAAACACACACCAACACACACACACACACACACACACACACACACACACACAAGGACGGACGGACACGCCAGACAUGCAAACACACUUACACAACCACGACCCCGGCCUGGUCACACGGACUCUGAUCGGAGUGAGUAACCAGAGAUCAUCGCAUGUUCAUAAGACUGUGGGGCUGUAUUAUUAUUAUUAUUAUUAUUAUUCUGGAAAAAAAAAAAAAAAAGUUAUGUCAAAAAACGAUGUCGAUUUCUUUCCACCUGUAAAAACAUGUAAAUGUUUAGUCCACUCUACGAUACAUAUAUUUUUCACAAAGCAUCGUUGCUCUGUAGACUCGAGGGUUCUCAUAACAUUAUUCUCUUUUUACUUUUAUGGGAUAUGUAACAUUUAAAUGUUUGUUUAACCUUUACUGGAUUUUAUGGAGGUAAAAAAAGAG